AUGAUCGUGGUGGAUGAGAGAAGAGAGACAGAGGGGCAGGGACAGAAGCAGUCUCCGAAUGUGUCCAGCAGUGUUGUGUGUGUGGGAGAGGAGUUCCCGUCCCAGCAGUGUGUUGCUACGAGUAUGGAACUGCAAGGACAAGCACCAUCACCUCCACCCCCCGCGACCAACACGAGCUCCUCUGGCAAGACAGUGAGGACCUGCAGAGUGUGUGGGGACAAGGCCAAGAGUAUGCAUUUCGGAGGCCUGUCCUGUGACUCCUGCAAAGCCUUCUUCAGGAGAGCAGUCCACAACGACACCUACACCAACUUCACCUGUCCUUAUGAUGGCACCUGCGUCAUCAACAUCACCUCCAGGAAGUGUUGCCAGUACUGCAGAUACCAGAAGUGCCUGAGUAUUGGCAUGGAACGUUCCUGGGUCAUGUCUGAGGAGGACCGCCACCAGAUGAUGAGGCAGCGAGCCGAGAGGAAGGCCAAGGCAGCAGCACAGGACACCACCAGGAGGACACUGAAGGCCGGCCGGAGGGAGCUGGUGCCCUUCGAACCUGACCCAAACACUAUGCUGAGUUACAUGACUGCUACUGAGUGGGAGGAGCUGGAGCAGGCAGUGAGGAACUACCGUCAAGCGUACACAGCCGUCCCUCACAGCCAGUCUGGGGAGGGCUGGGAGGGUGAUGGGACAAGUCUGCAUAUCGUCAGCAUGUUCUCUACUGUUGUGCGUCGAUUUGCUCACUUUGCAAGACUCUUCCGGAGUUUUCUGAGCUGCCCAUUUCAGGACCAGAGUCGACUACUCCGCUAUGGCAUCCUGGAGAUGUCCCUCAUCCGUGGCAUUCAGAGUCUCCACACCAACAGUGAUUGCUGGCCCCACCACCACCACCACACCACAGCCAUCACACCCCAAGCAGCUCCACAGGACACAAAGCAGCUGGUUUCCUCUGAGCUGUAUGAGAUGCAUAUGAAGUUUGUACAAAGCAUGAGGGAGCUUGGUGUGGAUGAACCAGUGCUGCUGCUGCUCCUGCUGGUGGUCCUCUUCAGCAGCGACAGGCCGGGACUCCAGACUGCUGCCACUGCCGCUGUACAGACCCGACAGGACCACUACCUCCUCCUCCUUCGGAAGUACCUCAACUGGCGCCACGGCCCCAAUAACGCCCCCAUCUUGUACCCGCGGCUGCUCCUCAAACUCACUGACCUACGGGAGCUGAAUGACCAACACACUGAGUAUCACCUGAGGAUGGCACGGCAGGAGAUUGUUGAGAUACAGACACAACUUGGCUGUCUCAACCUGAACCAGUAUACAGAGUGGCCCGGUCUCAUCCCAUCACACAGGACCCCCUCAGCCCCUCACAUAGACACCCAAGGAUCCUUACUGGGGGAGGAGGAACAGAUGAACAAGAAUCCUCCAUCCUUCACCCAGACAUUCAAGGAUCACAGUAGUCCUCUCUCCUCCAUCAUCCUUGCAUCCUUAGAUCUGGAGUGUCUUAUAAACAGUCCUACCAUCCAGCGACUCAUCCUGCACCAGUUCCAGAGAUCCGUGGUGAAUGUUCUAGGCCUAGCAGGGCUGCUUCCUGAGACCAGACAACCUCCACCUAACCAGCAGACAGUGACACAAUGCAGCAACCCUUCUCCAUCACCCCAGGACACCUCACAUCCCCAGACCUUUGCUCCUCAGAAGGUUUCACAGCAGGCUCCUACAUUUUCUGUUCAGCAGGGUCCUCCCCUUCAGGUGUCCCAAGUUUCUGAUCUUGCAAGCCACCUGGAAUACCUGACCUGCCCUCCACACCCAGGCCAGGGCACCACACAACAGCAGCAACGGCCACAGGAGCCACAGCAGCAAGCCUUCUACCAACUUGAACAGCAGCUUAUGAGUGGCAUUGCAAAAUCUGGUGGUGAUUUUGAGGAGCAUGGUUAUCAACAGCAACUUCAGCAGCAUCAACAAGCAUUUCAUCAAAACCCACACCAGCAGAUAGCACCCAAACACUCCUUGGUGAUGGAGCAGGAUAACUAUGGUCUGAUUAUCCCUAAAGAAGAACCACUGGGCUCUCCCACCUCACAUGUCACCCACUAUAACCACCCACUGAUGUAUGAUGACCUCCCUUGCCAUUCCCCACUCACCCAGGACUCACUUGAAGCACUUGAGACUCCCAGAAGCUUCUUAGAUGCCCAUGAAGUUGAAAGGUUCCAGCAUAUCCAAGAACCAAGGGAGACGACAAACUUUGAGUCAACGGUUCCACAACUUCAAAAGGUAAUGUCAGGCCAGUUUCCAUAUCACUCUUCACCAAAUAUGAUUCACCCUUCACACACAUCACAUAUACCUAUCCAGCAAAUACCAGGACAGCAAGCACAGUUCAUACCCACACCAGCACACCAUGGCAUACCACAGGGUUUUCAGACACCACCACAACCACACCACACACCAGGAGCACCACACCCUCAGCUCUAUAAUCCUGGGUAUAAUCUGCCGUCUAGUCAAACAUUUAACUUUGAGAGUGAAGUAGAGAGUGGUUGCAUGUCUCCAGAUUCUACUUACCCAGAAGCUGUGUCUUAUUCACCCCUACCACAGCAGCACUUCACAGCACAUGUAGGGUUUGGUGGAGACUCACAGCAUAGAACACCACCAUAUUUCAAUGCAGCCACAGCCACACCAUCACCACCACCACUGCACCAUUUCCAGAGCCAUGCCACACCACAUCAUCUGCAUCACCAUCACCAUCAUUCACAGUUUGGCCAGAAAGUUGCGUCUCUGUGAUAAGUUUGCCUUAGUGUUUCCGUCUUCCAAAGUGAAAACCAAAAGAAUUAGGUUUAGUACUUUUUAUGGAUAAGUUUCUCUCUUUGUUAUGUUUUUUGUUAUGUUGUAAGUCUUCCAAGGUGCAAAAAAAGAAGCACUGUGUAAAUGUAUAUGUGUGUGUAUGUGUAGUGUGUGUAGUGAAUUGAGUUGAGUUACGUACCAAUCCCACCUUGAUUUUAUUUUUAGAGUAUAUUUUAUGUAUAAUUAGUUUUCUCAUAAGGAAGUGUUUUGUAUAUAUUUUUAAGCAAGUGGUAGAGUUUCAGUAAUGUUUAGUGUUGUGUAUGUCACAUUACACCUGCCAUUUUUGUUGCUGCCUUUUUUUUUUAUGAAGUAAUUAAUCCCUUUAGUACCAGGAUGCAUUUUCAUGUUUAUUCUGAUCAAUACUUGGUGAUUUUAUGCAGCUUCAGAAACUUCUGUUGUGAUUAAAAUAGCAAAGACUGCCCAUUAAUCUUUUAACCUGCAUAGAUCCUUCCUAAUGCAAAUACAUUCGUCUUAAUCAUAUCACAAAAAUCGUGGUAAAACUACGUCUCAGUACUGAAGGUGUUAAUAAAUCUGCCAUUGCAAAGAUGUUUAGAGAGAAAGAGAGCAAAACUAGAACACUCAGUAUAUCAAUAUUUGUAGAAGGAAAUACAAACAGCUCCCAA